GAACUGAAAUCAUCUCUGCGCCCGUCUAUAUAUUGCUAUUGACCAGUAACGCUCCUUCCCCACACCUUCCCUAGGUACUUGCUGCCUUUCUCGCCGGCCCCCGUCGUCCGCUUCCAGGUGCAAAUCAUGCCUGAUCUGCAGAAACCUCUCGUACCGCCCAAGCGAAAGAAAAUUUGGGUGGACUAUCUGGUUCAGUUCAGAUGGAUAGUUGUCAUUUUUGUUGUGCUGCCAGCUUCGUUCUUAAUGUACUUCAGUCUGUAUCUUGGUGAUGUGAAAUCUGCAAUGAAAUCGGAAAAGCGUCGCCAGAAACAACAUGAUGAAGAUGUAAAGAAAGUUGUGAAUCGGCUCAAGCAGAGAGAUCCCAAGAAAGAUGGACUUGUGUGCACAGCAAGGAAACCGUAUAUUGCUGUCGGCAUGCGUAAUGUUGACUACAAACGUGCACGGCAUUUUGAGGUUGAUCUCUCUGCUUUUAGAAAUAUACUCGAGAUUGAUAAAGAGAGGAUGAUUGCUAAGGUGGAGCCUCUGGUUAACAUGGGUCAGAUUACUAGAUAUACAGUUCCCAUGAACCUUGCACUAGCAGUGGUUGCCGAGCUUGAUGAUCUCACUGUAGGAGGACUUAUCAAUGGAUAUGGAGUUGAGGGGAGCUCACACAUAUACGGUCUCUUUUCUGAUACAGUUGUUGCCAUGGAAGUUGUGCUUGCCGAUGGCCAAGUUGUGAGGUGCACCAAGGAUAACGAGUACUCGGAUCUUUUCUAUGGGAUUCCUUGGUCUCAAGGAACCUUGGGCCUCUUAGUUUCUGCAGAGAUAAAAUUAAUACCUAUUAAGGAAUAUAUGAGGGUUACCUAUACUCCUUUCAGAGGAAAGCUAAAGGAAAUUGCUCAGGCUUAUGCUGAUUCGUUUGCGCCCAGAGACGGAGAUCCAGCAAAGGUUCCUGACUUUGUCGAGGGAAUGAUCUAUAAUCCAACUGAGUCUGUGCUCAUGACCGGCAGGUAUGCAUCGACAGAAGAAGCUAAAAAGAAGGGCAAUGCUAUUAACAACAUUGGCUGGUGGUUUAAAACUUGGUUUUAUCAGCACGCGCAGACUGCUCUUAAGAGGGGUGAGUUUGUUGAGUAUAUUCCCACUAGAGAGUAUUACCACAGGCACACAAGAUCUUUGUAUUGGGAAGGUAAGCUCAUCUUGCCAUUCGCUGACCAAUGGUGGUUCAGAUUUCUUUUGGGCUGGGUAAUGCCUCCUAAGGUUUCUUUCCUCAAGGCCACCCAAGGUGACGCUAUUAGAAAUUACUACCACGAUCAUCAUGUCAUCCAGGAUCUCUUGGUUCCUCUGUACAAAGUUGGAGAUACUUUCGAGUAUGUUCAUCGUGAAAUGGAGGUCUAUCCGAUAUGGUUCUGCCCUCAUCGAUUGUUCAAGCUUCCAGUUAGAACUAUGGUGUACCCGGAGCCAGGAUUUGAUCAUCAUCACCGACAAGGCGACACUAGCUACGCGCAAAUGUUUACCGACAUCGGUCUGUACUAUGCUCCAGGUCCAGUUCUCAGGGGCGAAGAGUUCGAUGGUGCACAAGCAGUUCGCAAUCUGGAACAGUGGCUGAUUCAGAACCAUGGUUUCCAGCCUCAGUACUCUGUCUCCGAGCUCACGGAGAAGAACUUUUGGCGGAUGUUUGAUGGUUCCCACUACGAGCACUGUCGGCAAAAAUAUGGGGCGGUAGGGACAUUCAUGGGCGUCUACUACAAAUGCAAGAAAGGAAAGAAAACCGAGAAGGAGGUGCAGGAUGCUGAGUCUGAAAUCCUCGAACCAGCCUAUGCUGAAGAAGCUUAGCUGGCCGAACCUCACUGAGUUUAUGUGGUAGAACUUGGAGUUAUUGUAGGGCCAAGCCUGAGUUACUUAGGUGGUCGCUUUCUGAAUUUUCUUGUAGUUGAAUCAUCGAACUCCAAGGUGGAUCUGGUUAUGUCCUUCGUUAAGCAGUAGCAAUCCAUUGCCCAUUGCUGCUUUCCGAAACCUGUUCUGGUAAUCUUGUUAAUCUGAGCUGUUUUCUUGUA